AUGAACCCAAAGGCUAUAUAUGUUCCAUGUGCAAAUCAUUCACUGAAUCUUGUUAUUGUUGAUGGUGCACUGUCAUCUAUCAGUGCAAUAUCUUUUUUUGGAGUUCUUACAAGAUUGUAUACCCUCUUUUCAUCGUCUCCUCCUCGAUGGGAAAUUUUAAAAUCGUGUGUGGAAAUUUCUGUCAAACCACAAUCAGAUACAAGAUGGGAAAGUAAAAUAAACUAUGUUAAACCACUUCGCUAUUAUCUGAAAGAAAUUUUAGAGGCACUCGACAGAUUGGAAAAACAUGCCUUUGAAAAGAAAGAUGGGGCAACAGCCACAGAAGUACGAUCUCUGAUUGAAUAUAUUAGGACAUGGCCUUUCUUAUUAUCAAUCAUUAUUUGGUAUGACGUUUUAUUUCAAAUCAACAAAUCAAGUAAGCUUCUUCAGUCUUCUACAACCUCUCUUGACAUAUUGGCUAGUGAAAUAAAAGCAACAAAUACAUUUCUUUAUGAGUAUCGUGAGACUGGAUUUACUGACGCACAUAUUAAAGCACAAGAAAUUGCAGAAGAAUUGGGAAUUGAAAAGUGUGCUAAUGAAACUCGGCAACCUGAGCAUCAAUAUAAAACAGAUUUCUUUUUACCACUCAUUGACAUGUCAAUUGCAUCAGUAAAGGAGCGUUUUGAACAGGUCAGUAUCUUCACAAAUCUUUUUGACUUUCUUUACCGGUCUGAGAGUCUUAUCAAAGCCUGUAAUGAAAAUUCUCUUACUGUAUUUUGCACAAAUUUGCAAACGAAGCUCGGUGAUAUAGAUUCUGAGGAUUUGAAAAUGGAGUUGAAACGAUUUGUCAUAGUUGUACAAGAGGACAAAAAUACAAACCUGAAAUCUGCAUAUUUCCUUAACUACGUCUACAAAGAAGAGCUGCAGGAAACUUAUCCUAAUCUAGUUAUUGCGUUACGCAACAUUCUUACUUCUCCAGUAACUGUUGCAAGUGCAGAACGUACCCAGCGGGCACAGACGUCAAUCAAACGUCUUACAGACGUCUUAACUUGGUCGCGACGUCUCAGACCAAAUUAG